ACAAACAGGAGCGGCUGGAGGAAGAGCGAGCGACAGCCCAACUUGUUGACUUAGGUCUUUAGCUGCAGAACUUCUCGCUUGCGCGGCAUUUUGGGGAGCUGUCCGCUGCCGCGUGCUGAAGCGCGCGCUCCUCCCCGCGCGCGGAGGCAUUCAGAGCAGAGUUCCCUCCAUCACCGCGCGCCUGCGGAAACUCCGAGCCUAGCGCUUUGCGUCCGGUCGCCGCGCAGUACUGCACCGCUGUUGAGCCCGAACCGAAGCCGAGCCAGAAGCAGCCAUGGCUUUCAUGGUGAAGCAUGUGGUGGGCGGCCAGCUGAAGAACCUCACCGGGGGUCUGGGAGAGGACAAGUCGGAUGGAGACAAGUCAGAAGCGGGCGCGAAGGGUAUGACUCAGGAGGAGUUCGAGCAGUACCAGCAGCAACUGCAGGAGGAGAAGAUGGAGCGUGAUGCCAGCUUUGCUCAGCGGAAAGCGGAACGUGCCACUGUCAGAACUCACUUCCGGGACAAAUAUCGGCUGCCUAAGAAUGAGCUCGAUGAAACACAGAUCCAGCAGGCAGGGCAGGAGGUGGAGCUUCCCACAGAGUUGGCAAAGAUGAUUGCCGAGGAUAACCAGGAGGAAGCACACAAGCGGUCCGUCCUCGGCCAGCUGAGCAACAUCCAGAAUGUGGACCUGGACCAGCUGAAGGACAAAGCUCAAGCCACACUGGAGGAUAUCCGGCACUCUGCUGAGAAGUGCUCUGUCAUGUGAUCCUAGCCUACGGGGACCCCCCACGCCCUGGCAUGGUCACCCAGUUACAGUCAUGGUCACGAUCACAGUUACAGGCACCUUCACUGAGGCGACUGAACAGGGACAGCCAGGAGACAGCCUACACAAAGCCCCAAGCAUGAACACUGAUGGUCCAUGGGUUACUUAUAUUUACACAAAGGUUACACACACUUAAACACACAUACUAUAUUCAGAUAAAGGAACACACAAGUGACCACAGACAGACUGAUACCUGUUUCCCCUGAGUAAAGUGUCAGCACCCUUCAGAAAAAUACGUGUUACAAAAAUUAUUAUUAUUUUUAUUUUUUAUAGAGCGCUCUCCUCACACACAGAGCACUUUAACACAUGCAUACAGCAAAAAAAAUUGAUACAAACAAUAUCCUGAAUACAAUUUAACUGUAAAUAUUAAAGCAAAAUGAAGCAGUCCCACUGUCACAGUUAAGUAUGAUAUUCACUGUAAAUUAUCUUUAUGCUGUUUCCCUUUGCCUUUGACCCUACGCUGUCUGUGGUAUGCACUACUGUCACUGGGUCCCACUGCCACUUUCGGACCCUGUGUGACCUGUCCCAGUCCACCCAGUGACCAGAGUGAGUCGAAGCCCAUUUGUAUGUCCAUUUCAGUGGUGAGUGUAGUGCUGGUGCUUUGCUGUCGUUUUAGUGCCUGCCGCAUCCAGUGGUUUGUACAGUACUCAUCUCCUGGCCUCAAGCGCUGCUUACAGUGUUGGAAAACAACAUUCCCACAUAUUUUACCCUGGGAGAGUGUAAUCAAGGUGUGAUUAUCUGGGUGGUUGUGUUGCAUGUGAACUUAGUGGUGUAUGUUUGCGGUCACUUUAAAAAACUAUUGAAUUUGUGGUCAAAUCCUAAUGACUGUGGUUUGUGUUAUUUGUAAUGGAGAUUUUUUUUUUUUUACGGACCACCUGUCACAGUGGUUUAUUUUCUUACCAGAAGUAAAUGAAAUAAACAGUUGGUGUGUUCUUGUUCUGUAUGGUCCAAAUGCCCUGUAGUGCUGCUGAGAGCAGCUAUUGAGAUGCAGGUGCGCAAAAUAGUAACUGCAGCAGCUCUUGCUUUCUCUGUGUACUGAGCACAUUCCCAUAAAUAUUGCAGAAACCCUUUAAUGUCCUUAACAUUAUGGAAAUGUCUAAUAAAUGUAGA